CAAGAUAAAACGAGGCCCAGGUCCACACUGCCUGCUUGUCUCUUCGACUCGCCUCCCAACAGCCCCCCUUCCAAGAUAGGAUCCCCGACGGCACCCAGCAAGGCAGCGCAAAGAUGGCCCCUCACACGCUCGCCAGCGCCUCCUACGGAAAGGACCUUGUCCGAAUUCUGCGCGUCGUCCGCGAGCCGUCGGACCCCUCGUGUCACCGCAUCGCCGAGUACACGGUCCGGUGCCUGCUCUCGGGCCAAUCGCUCGUGCCGUCGUACACCGAGGCGGACAACAGCCCCGUCGUGGCGACGGACAGCAUCAAGAACACACUCAACCUGCUCGCCAAGACGCUGCCGGGCGACACGGUGCUGUGCCCGGAAAAAUACGUGCUGCACGUCAUGGAGCAUUUUCUGAGGCGCUACGCCCACAUCGACGGCGUCGAGGUGGACCUCAUCCAGCACCGGUGGAGCCGCAUCGCCCUCGAUGCUGAUGCCGACGGGCGGCCGCUGCCCUCGCUGCAGCCGCACAAGCACAGCUUCAUCCGCGACGGCAACGACGUGCGCACGGUGCGGGCGUAUGCCUCGCGCGACGGCGCCUCGCGGCGCGGCGUCGUGCGCUACCUCAAGGGCGGCAUCAAGGACCUCGUCGUGCUCAAGAGUUCCGGCAGCGCAUUCUACGGAUUUUUGCGUGAUGAGUACACGACGCUGCCCGAGGUGCAGGACCGCAUCUUCAGCACGGCCGUCGAUUGCGAGUAUGCCUAUUCCUUGCCAGCGGCCAAGCCCAUCGACGAGCUGCUCCAAGCGCCCGCCAAGUUGCUGCCCGACUUUUGCGCUGCCUCGUCGCGCGCCGUGGCACACGUUACCCACACGUUUGCGACACACUCAAGCCCCAGCGUCCAGGCCACGCUCUUCAAGACGGCCGAGCGCAUCCUCGACGACGGCGCCUGCCAGGCCGUCGCCGAUGUCGAGCUCACGAUGCCGAAUCGACACUACAUCCCAAUCGACCUCAAGUGGGCCGGCGUCGAGAAUCUCAAAGAGGACCAGGCAGAGGUCUUCUUGCCCACGGCACACCCCAGCGGCCUCAUUCGCGCAAAGAUUGCCCGGGGCGAUGGUGGAAGCAAGGCGAAAUUGUAGAGUAGUGGCAUACGGGACGGUUUCUUUUUUUGUCUAGAGAACUUCAAGUGCAUUCAUUCAACAAUCUUGCUGAACAGGGCAGAGAGAGGCAGAGAGCGUGUGCAAAGGGGUCAAGUAAAGGAAUCUGAUUAAAAUUGCGACAGGGGGAGAGGAGCGUCGAUGCAUGUAAGAGAACGAGGCUGGCGGUUCUGGCCUUACUGUCGGAGGAAGAGAGGUACCAAUGCAGACUGAGCUGGUAGCGA